AGUCACACAUAAAAGUACCAUCGGGCACCGUCGAAUUGAAGACGGGUGGACGCCAUUAAAUUUCAUUAAAAAUACAAGAAAAAAUAAAAUAGAAACGAAACGACAAAACACUCUUAUGAUGUGUGCUUGUAGUUAUCAUUUGCGAAUAUUUGAACGAAACUAGUUUCUUUCUGCAACUCGAGUAAUAUUUUAAUUUGAAAGUGGAAAAUAAUAAAAACCAAGUAGCAAGGUAUAAUCAAACACAGAGCUUGUAGUAAUACUGCUUGCUUAUUAAAAUGGCAGACCUAGACACCGCAGUUGACUACAAUUUGGUUAAUUUUUGUGAAUCUGCUGAUGAUCGAAAUGACAAUAUGAUAGACGAACUUGAAAACUAUCAGCAACAGCAACAAACAGAAGACAACGAUGAAAUGAUCCCACUUAAUGCAUCAUCAUUUCGGUGGAAACGUGUUGUUAAUCCUACAGGACCACAACCGAGACCACGUCAUGGUCACAGAGCAAUAAGUAUAAAAGAACUUAUGGUUGUAUUCGGUGGCGGCAAUGAGGGUAUCGUUGAUGAACUACAUGUAUAUAAUACGAUAAGCAAUCAAUGGUUUGUGCCAGUUAUGAAGGGUGAAGUUCCACCCGGCUGUGCAGCAUAUGGGUUUGUUGUCGAAGGCACACGAAUGUUUGUAUUUGGGGGAAUGAUUGAGUAUGGAAAAUACUCAAACGAGCUCUAUGAACUUCAAGCUACAAAAUGGGAAUGGCGUAAAAUGGCACCUGAAAUGCCAGAUAAUGGGCUUCCACCCUGUCCGCGAUUGGGCCAUAGUUUUACCAUGGUAGGCGAUCGAAUAUAUCUAUUUGGCGGUCUAGCUAAUGAAAGUGAUGAUCCCAAAAACAACAUUCCAAAAUACCUGAAUGAUUUAUAUAUUUUGGAAACGAAAGGAAACUAUUCGUCAAAUGGUAAAUGGUUGAUUCCAAAAACGUAUGGUGAAAGUCCUCCACCACGAGAAUCUCAUACAGGUGUAGCUUAUACAUGUAAAACUACUCGACAAUUGAACCUAUUGGUUUAUGGUGGAAUGAGUGGAUGUCGACUGGGAGACUUGUGGCUGCUCGAUAUAGAAUCGAUGACAUGGACUAAGCCUAUAACAAAAGGAAGAGCUCCUUUACCUAGAUCUCUGCACAGUGCUACAAUGGUGGGCAAUAAAAUGUAUGUGUUCGGUGGCUGGGUACCUCUGGUAGUUAAUGACUCAAAAUCUGCAACCGAACGUGAAUGGAAAUGCACAAAUACUUUGGCAGUGCUUGACUUAGAUUCUAUGAACUGGGAAGAUAUAACGUUAGAUACAGUUGAGGAACAUGUCCCCCGUGCAAGGGCAGGACAUUGUGCUGUGGGUAUUCAAAGUCGUCUAUAUGUUUGGUCGGGUAGAGACGGGUAUCGUAAAGCUUGGAACAACCAGGUCAGGGUUUGUUGUAAAGACUUGUGGUAUUUAGAAGUUUGCAAGCCACUUUAUGCUGUAAAAGUUGCCUUGGUUCGUGCCUCUACACAUUCAUUAGAACUAUGUUGGACGGCUACUACAUUUGCCAGUGCCUAUGAAUUACAAACUCAAAAAAUCGAGCCGAUAGCACCGCCUAGUAAAUCAACAACUCCAGCAGUAACAAUUAUGACACAAACUAUUCAACAGCCUAGUAGUUGCAACACUACUUCAAAUGGAAAUGGUAUUAAGCAAGUGCACCUCAUACGACAAGGAAAUAGUCAGCAUUUCCAACAACAAAUAAAUCCAAUAUUAGCCACUUCGCAGCAGCCGCAACAAACGCAGCAGCCACAGAUACAAAAUCAAGCACAAGUUCAACAAAUGCCAUUGCCGCAAACUCAAACAGUAAGCAUACGACAGCAAGUUACGAAUGUAACACAACCCCAAACACAAAUCAUAUCACAACCUCAACCAAUUCAGCAACAACAACAGCAACAACAACAACAGCAACAACAACAGCAACAACAACAGCAGCAACAACAACAGCAAUUAAGUCCAGUUGUGACUAUUUCCCCCCAAUGUACGGUCUCAGCUGGUGUAUCUAUGACGACGUCGAUAGUUGUGGCCUCUCCAGCAGUCUCGUCUACAGCAAAAAUUAUAACACCACCAAACACGCCAACAAAUUCAAUUCAAACAAUCGUCUCAGCACCAAUCACAGGCACCGUACAGGGCGGGACUGUGUUGCAAAAGUUUCGACCAGCUACUGUUCUCUCUAGGACAGCAAAUACCAAUUCAUCUGGUGGAACUGGUUUACGUGUUGUUUCCGGUAAUCCACCUGUACGUAUACUAUCAGGUGGUCAAGCAGUUCGAAUUGCAACAACUCAGGGCUCAUCAACCACUAUUUUGAAAACAUCAACAGGUCAGACUGUAGGUGCACCAACUUCCAUUGCGACAGCGACUACGAUAGGUGGCAAGCAGUACUUUAUACAAAAACCAUUAUCACUUGGCCAGAAUGUACAGUUUCAAUUAAUCAAAACAAGCACGGGUGUAGCAGUGCAGACGUUACCCAAAGUAAACGUAUUGAAGAACAUACCUGGUGGCACGGCUGGUCAAAACCAAGUACAAACUGUUCAAACAUCGCAGACAACGACACUUGCAAAGCCCACAGUUGUAACAGGUAACCUAGUUAAACUGGUAUCGCCGGGGGGCAAAAUCGUUAUGAAAAAUCCAAUAGUGCCAAUUGGUAAAGUAGGCGGUAAUGUAACUGGAAAACCAGCAUUUGUAAUAACAAACAAACAGGGUCAACAACUUAGACCCAAUCAACAGAUAAUAAUUGUAACAACUGGUUCGGCAAUUCGUACAGUAAACACAGGAGUAGUCACAUCAGCAGGUGGUAAUAUAGUUUCCAUUGUUGGUUCACAGUCUAAUUCGAUAACAUCGAGUGGUACAGGGGCUGUAGCAGGCACAGGAACUACAAACACGGGCCCUGGAAGCCAAUCUGGUGGUAUGAAAAUGUUGCGCGGUGUAACAAGUGCAACUGGUCGUCCAAUUACACUUACUCUUCCAACAAAUAUGAAUCAAGCUAAACAAACACAAGGGGGGCAAAUUGUACAGCAGUUUCCCCAAAAGACAAUAACACUGGGUGGAAAAGCAGUUACUGUGCAAAUGUCAAAUAACUCAGCGGGUGUACCCAAAACAGUUACAAUUGUAUCAUCCGCAAAUGCUGUUUCUGGUGCUGGCACUGUAACUCUUACAACGGGAGCUCAAGGUAAACUCGUUAUGAUGCCGAACAAGAAGAAUUUUGUAUUCGGACCAAAUGCAGGUGCUGCAGGUGCAAUCGGAAUCCACAAGUCGGCAAUUCAGAACAUUCAACAACAAACUAUUGUAUCGCAGCAAAAAGUUAUUACGCAUGAAAACAAUGAAACAACAAACAUACCCAAUACAGUCUAUACAAGCGAUAAUGCUUUUAUUGAAGGUGACCCCAUCGAUGAUAUUAUUGAACAACUAGAUGGAGCUUUUGAUAACCUUGCUGGUGACCUUAAUGAAGAUAUAACAUCUGAAUCGGAAUGUGCAGGAAGCAAUGUUCUUGAACGGAACAUCCUGCACAAAGUGAAACAUUCAAUAAGUUUCAAACAUAAGCACACGAGCAGUAGUGGCAUUAAACCAAAGUAUUUUAAACUUGGAUUGUUUGGUGGAAUAGGUGGGAAUGGAGAUUGUGCUGUUGCAGGAACGGUUAGCCAAAACGAUGCUGAAGCGGAGAGCACGAGUGGCGAGCAACAAACUGAAAUACAACUUAACCGACAAAUAUGCUCCGACGAAAACAACCAACCUGUUUCUAGUUCAUCGAUAUCUGAUUCAGGAGAAGCUGUUACCGAUGCAAUGGACUUUCAGCAGCCAACAAGUACAACUGAUGCAGAUGCGGAUAUAGGAAACCAAGAAAAUCUAGUACAGUCUUCAGUUAUUGGUGGUGGUUGUGUUAGUGGUGGCGGUGGUGACGAACCAACUCCUGAUACAACAGAGCGUUCGAAUACUUCUAGUUUAGAAUUGCAAAGUCCGGCGAAAGAAAUCAACAAUCAAAAUAACGAAGCCAUUGCUGCUGAUAUAUUCAACUCCAUCGACGAUAAUUGUUUGCAAACUAUCUCCUCACCCAAUAAGGCUGCGGAAAAUAGCUCAAUAUUUGCGGCAACACCAACAGCAUCUGAAACUGAAGCUGCAAAUAUUUUGACGACGAUAAAAAGCGGUGAAAUGUUACAAAAAAGUCCGGUCAAUCAAUGCCCCGAAGAAUCCAUGCAUGUAGAUCUUCAGAACAAAGAUGUAGUUAAUUCGGAUGGUGAUUCUCCACAAACUUCACUCAAUGGGCGCCUUGAUGCUCUUGCUUCUGCAGCAGUCUUACAAGCUGUUAUGCAAGCGAAUACACUUCGACAAAGGGAUACUUUUCAAGUAUUUGGCAGCCCUACUGCUACUGGAGGAGCUACACAGCAAGAAAGUGGAGUUAUGGAUAUAAUUAAUUUUGCAUGCCAAGCACAAGUGGAAUCACAGCAAAACGUACAACAGGAACAACAACAUCAGCAACAACAACAACAACAGCAGCAGCAACAACAACAACAGCCUUUUAUUGGAAGUUCUUCACAUUCAAGUAAAAAAGGAACUGAAUUGGCGUCGACAACAUCAAAUAUUACACAAAAUUCAAUGAGUAGUAGUGACAUGUCUAUAGUAGCUGACAAACAAAUUUCGAUCAUAACACCCACUACAAACUCCAACACAAGUAAUACAGUACAAUCCAACAUUCGGUUAGGUACAUCAUCGACAACAGGUUCCACAACUAAUCAGGGAAACCGUCGAAAUCAAAAAAACAAGACUCAAAGUUCUGCACUGAAAGGGGCAAGCGAAAAUAUCGAGCCUGUUCGAAGCGAUCCAAAUUCUAAAUGGCACACAGUCGGUAUCUUUAAAAAUCUAUCUCACACUGUAACGAGCUAUAUUGAUAAUAGUCAUUGGAAUGAUACAAUGUUUGAUAAUUACGAUUCGGAUAACCUGCCUGAUCUUUCUGAAUAUCCUAGAAUAAACCUGGAGCCGGGUACAGGGUAUCGUUUUCGCUUAGCAGCUAUUAACACUUGUGGCCGAGGAGAAUGGGGAGAGGUUUCCAGUUUUAAAACAUGUUUACCCGGCUUUCCAGGUGCACCUUCUGCAAUUAAAAUUUCAAAAUCCCCAGAAGGAGCACAUCUUACGUGGGAACCGCCACCGUCACAAAAUACUGGUGAAAUAAUAGAGUACUCCGUGUAUUUAGCAGUCAAAUCCACACCCAAAGACAAAAUGCCUCCUCCACAAUUAGUGUUUGUGCGUGUAUAUGUAGGCGCAACAAACCAGUGUACUGUUGCUAAUAACUCAUUAGCAACAGCUCAUGUAGAUUGCUCCAAUAAACCAGCUAUUAUCUUCCGUAUUGCUGCUCGAAAUGAGAAGGGCUAUGGUCCAGCAACGCAAGUUAGGUGGCUCCAAGAUCCCGUUUCCUCCAAACAAACAUCAUCUUCACCUAUGUCCCCAGCCUUGAAACGUAAUCAAGAAAAAGUUUCAGGAUCUCCAGUGUCUAAUAAACGUCCACGGGGAUCCACAACAAACGUUAAAGUCAUGCCAAAUUCACCAAGCACCGAAUAGUUAAUAAGAAUGUUCAGCUGCUCGUAAUUCAGUACUUCUAUAAGUUAUUUUUAACUGUCUUGUUGCGAUACGAGGUUUUCCUUAUUAACUUUACAAAAGAGUUUUACUGGACUUAGAUUAAUUCUAAGUGAUAUAAAAUGUGUUGUUUAUAUUUGUUUUAAUUUGAAAUCGAACGGACGUUGUUUUUAUUUUGUAAGGAAUUUGUUAUUUUUUUUUGGUGAUUUUGUGCGCAUUUUGUAUGCAAUUAAAACGAAAAGUUUUCUUUUUAACUGUAUUUUUGCAGCCAAUACGUAUUUUAAGUAUAAACAAUUAUUUCUUUGGUGAACAAAUCAAUAUAUAAUAUGUAUUUAUUUAUCAACCCUGAAAGUCAAAAAUAAUUUUUUUUCUUUUAGUGUUAAUUAAAACUAGAAUUUAUAUUUCAUUUUUAUAAUUUUACUAAUUCUGCUAAUUCCACUGAGAUCAUUGAAUAUCUAAAUAAUUAAUUUUAAGUUCAACGAAACUGUUUUGUGAAGUUAAGAAACAAAUGGAAGUUUUGUUUUUCUUUUUCAAACGAGGUAUUCGCGUAAACAAAACUCAAAAAGUGUUAAGUUUGCAAUAAUUAUAAGUUUUGUAUUCUCAAUCUUAAAAUUAUAAGAAAAGAAAAAAAUAUACGUACAUACGAACCAGUACAGAUAUUUUCUUAAAUUAAGUAAAUUUUUUUCAUUGUAGGCAUUUCUUUUAAAAUGUUAGGAAAAUGGGAGAAAUAACGAAUCAUGUAAAACUUAAAUUUUAAAUCAUUACAAAAAUCAAUUUUAAAUAUUCUUAUAUAGUUUUAAUUAAGCCAAUAACGAUGUAUUGCAUAUUAAAUUGUAUAUGAAAAAGUAGUAAAUAAAAUCAAAUAAGCGAAAAGUUAUAAGGUA